AUGCAGAUGGUAUCGCUCACAAUUACACGAAGCCAAUCACAUGAAGUCAAAUUCACUGUAAAACAAUUACACAGAAUGGUUCCUCCUCCCGCCGAAUUCCGUAGAAAGCUAGUCAUCGUUGGAGAUGGUGCCUGUGGAAAAACUUGUCUUUUGAUUGUUUUCUCUAAGGGUACAUUUCCAGAGGUUUAUGUGCCAACUGUCUUCGAGAAUUAUGUCGCUGAUGUUGAAGUUGAUGGAAGGAAGGUUGAGUUAGCUCUCUGGGAUACUGCCGGUCAGGAAGACUACGACAGAUUGAGGCCCUUGUCGUAUCCCGAUUCAAAUGUGAUAUUGAUCUGCUUCUCAAUUGACUCACCGGAUUCGUUAGACAACGUUUUGGAGAAAUGGAUUUCGGAAGUUUUGCAUUUUUGUCAGGGCGUUCCAAUCAUCUUGGUUGGUUGCAAGGUGGAUUUGAGGAAUGACCCCGUCACCAUCAAGCAGUUAUCACAGGAGAACCAGCAGCCUGUUUCCGAGGCCGAGGGGAGAGCCGUUGCGCAAAAGAUUGGUACUCAGUACUACUUGGAAUGCUCCGCAAGAACUGGCCAAGGCGUGAAGGAAGUUUUUGAGACUGCCACAAGAGCAUCCUUGCUGACUAGGGAGAAGAAGGAGAAGAAGAAGAAAUGCGUUGUCUUGUAA